CUCUUCCAAACUCUCCUCACUUUCCAAACCACAGAUCUUCGAAACAUUCUUCGAAUAUCUCUACUUACAUCCUUCUACUCUCCCCCACGCCACCUUCACAAUGGCAAAGACCAAGGAUUCCAAGACUUCUAGCAAGUCCAAGGCUGAAGUCAAACCCACCAAAGUUGUCAAAAAUGCGUCUGUCACUAAGCCUUCCCAGACCCCCAAAGCCCAAUCCAAGGCGAUCGCAAAGGAGACUGCCUCCAAGAUCAAUGGCAAGAAGGCACCAAAGGCCGUUGUCAAGGCGGCCACCCCAUCCGACAGCGAGUCUUCCGACUCUGACUCUGCCAGCGACUCUGAGUCCGAGGCUGAGGUCAAGAAGCCAGUUGCCAACGGAAAGGCCAACGGGAAGACCAAUGGAGCUGCCAAGAAAGAGGUAGAUUCCUCCUCUGAUUCCUCCUCCUCUGAUGCCGAUUCCGAUUCCUCUGAUUCCUCAGAGGAUGAUGAUGAUUCUGAAGCCGAUUCUGACUCCUCCAAGUCAGCUGCCGCUUCCGAUAGCGAUGAUAGCGACUCUGCCUCUGAAUCUGACUCCGAAGAAGAGAGCAAGCCAGCCGCAGUCGUUAAGGACGUCGCAAAGAAGGCUGCUGCCACUGGAAAGGCUGCUGUGAACGGCGCUGCCAAGGCCGUCGCAAAGGCUACUGAAUCCGAUUCUGACUCUGCCGACUCCGAAUCUUCCGACUCCAGCGAGGAUGAUGCCGAGGACUCUGCUUCCGGAUCUGAUUCCGAUUCCAGCGAUUCAGAGAGCGAGAAAGAGGCUGCACCAAGCAAGAAGCGCAAGGCCGAAGACGAGCCCGAGGCUGCUACAAAGAAGACCAAGACUGAGGAGACUGCUGAAGAUACCGGAUCCAAGAACUUGUUCGUUGGUAACUUGAGCUGGAACGUUGAUGAUGACUGGCUUCUCCGAGAGUUCGAGGAGUUUGGUGAGAUCUCUGGCGCCCGUGUCAUCAGUGACAAGGCCACUGGUCGCUCCAAGGGUUUCGGUUACGUUGAAUUCACCAGCUCUGCUUCUGCCGCUGCCGCUCUCAAGGCCAAGAAGGGUAGCAUGAUUGACGGUCGUGAGGCCAAUGUUGACUUCUCCACCCCCCGUUCCGAUGCACCACCCAGAGACCGCGCUCAAAGCCGUGCUCAAGCAUAUGGUGACUCCCAGAACCCUCCUUCCGACACUCUCUUCUUGGGCAACUUGUCCUUUGAUGCUGAUGAGAACACUGUCGGUGAGGCUUUCGGCGAGCACGGAACUGUCAUCAAUGUCAGACUUCCAACUGAUAUGGAGACUGGUAACCCCAAAGGCUUCGGAUAUGUCACCUUCUCUUCCAUCGACGAUGCCAAGACUGCUUUCGAGGCUAUGACCGGUGCUGAUAUUGCUGGCCGUCCCGUCAGACUUGACUAUGCUACACCUAAGCCAGACCGUGGUGAGGGUGGUGGCCGUGGAGGUGGACGUGGCGGACGAGGUGGAUUCGGCGACCGUGGAGGACGCGGUGGCGGACGUGGCCGUGGAGGCUUUGGUGAUCGUGGAGGACGAGGAGGUGGCCGUGGCGGUGGACGUGGUGGAAGCACCAACAGAGGUGGCUUCGGUGACUUCAAGGGCAAGAAGCAGACUUUCUAAGUCUGGCAUGUAUGAGGACUGCAUGCCUGUCAGCACUGCCGCACACAAUCUCCUUGUGGAGAACGCGUGUUGACUCUGUGGGUUUCGUUGGCUUUGUGGGUUGUGGGCUCUUUUGACUAUACUCCUUCAUAGGAGCUGUGGGCUUUGAGAUCAAACUUGUGGGCUUGAGAUACUUUCACCAGUGGGCUGUUGGCUUGUGGCUGUCCCGUCCGAUACUUUUUGACACGAUCUUUGCAUUUGUGGGGCGUUUGGGAUUCAUAUUGACCUGUUCCGAUCUGUGGGCUCUUUGGCUAUACCGAAGUCGAGAUGAAGCUUCACUUGCCUUCUUCUUAUGGAGAUUGGUAUAAAGAAGUGGAUCGAUCUUCAUGUGGGCUUGGCUACUGAGGGAUUACAACGUCUUCUGUCUACUUGGGGUUGGGAAAAGUUCGAGGUUUCUUUGGCUGGGAUGGUGGAUAGGUGUAGCUCAUGGAUAGUUUGUGGUGCGUUUGUUUACGCAUCCUUGUACCAUAUUGGUGAGUAAUACCCUGCUUGCUCUCUGGACUAGUUGCUUCUUCACUGCAAACAAUAAAAUCUUCUUUAAAAUAUUCUUGACUGCUCCACUAUUGUGUCUUCACGUGCCAUUUAUAUAAUAAGUUUGAUGGCGUUGCAUACAUAGUCCUGCAUCAACGCAGCGUAGAUAGAAUUGACAGACAAAGCUGUUAGCUUACCCUUGAUAUGACGAAUGAAUGGCAGGCCUCAAUCACGUCACGGUAUACUCUUCUCUUACUUAAAUCUCAGCAUGCUACAUCCUUUCCCUCAAAAUUCAUGAAAGUCUCGCAUGAAGACACGAAGAAAUGAUCCCAUUCUUUUUGGACCGCACUCACAGGUUCUGUGGUAUGACGAACAUGAGCACAGCAUGGCUUGGCUCAAAGGUUGAGAUAUAUCCAUCCUCCUAGUCCUCACCAAGGAACUUAGCGCAAGCAUCACGAGAGCAUGUCCUAAUCCAGAUCAUGUUUCGCUCCCCCAUUGCUAUCCAUGCCAACGCCUGUCGCCUUUAACAAGCAUAAAGUUGAACAUGGCAACAUUGGACAAUCUCCAAGGAAAAGAUUUAGAAUUUCUCUCCUGGCAGGUCACAGAUUUUUCUGAGGUGGGCAGCUAGGACGGACACUAGCCGAACUUUUGAUUGACUGCGAAUUAUGGGUACAUUGGAGAGAAUUAAUCCCCUAGAUUGUCAUCCGAGGAAGGUGUGUCGAGAUAGAACAAUCCUAAGGAAUGACCUCGCUGAAGAGAUAUGAUGCGGGAACAUGUCAGCGAGCAGAUCGUGAAGCUGAUGCUGUGAACAGGAGCAUUCUGGAGGAUUUGAUGUUUAGCGUUUAUAUUAGUUGGCUGUUGAGAACUUUGAUUACGAGAACUCUUAGAGUAGAUCUUGUUUAUUACAG